GCCGGUAAGCAUUGAAAUUGAAUAUUUUAGGAACUUGGUGUUUUAUUAUUCAUUUAGCUGUGGUAUUUCAGUUUAAAAUAUCACAAUUCACACAUAUUUUUGAUUUUCAAGUCACUAUUUUGCUCAUGCCGUGUUCCAUCUUGUCUGAAUAACUUCAGUGAUUUCUCGAUGAUAAGUCCCGUGUUUAUGUUCGAUUCUAGAUUACCAGGGCACUAUGGUUAAGUUACACAUCAAGAGAGGCGAUGAGAGCCAGUUCUUGUUUGAGACAACAGUUCAGCAGCCAUUGGAUGAUCUGAUCAAACAACUUAUCCUCAUUCAUAAUGGUAGACUCAAAGUGGAGAGAAUAUGUUCGGAAAUCAAUGAAUUGUCUGAGCAUGGUACUACACUACCUCCUAACAUGCAAGGUUUGACUGAUGAUCAGAUCAUUGAUCUCAAGCUAGUUGAUGAAUGGGGACAGAAGUGUGAACCAAGUGGAGGUUCAGUUGAAUGUAAGGAUCCUAUUGGCAGGAGAAACGGCAAAGCUCCAAAUGAGAAAAUGAAAGAAGUUUUGACAAAGACAGUCAGUGAAGCCAAGAAAAUCAUUUCAAAAAACCAAGCAUCUGCUAAUGUGUGUGUAACACAACCAAUGAUAAAGGAUGCUUUAGACCAGUUAAGGGGUGCAGUUACCAUUGUUUACCCCAUGGGAUUACCCCCUCAUGAUCCUAUUAGGAUGGAGUUUGAAGGCAGUGAAGAACUGGAUGGAACUCAGGCAUCUUUAUCAAUCCUUGAGGAAGACAGCACAUCACUCUGGUUUUCUGGUAAAGAGAUGCACAGAGGGAAAAAACUUUGUGAUUAUAUUGGAAAGAAUGAAAAGACAAAGAUCAUUGCUAAAUUGCAAAAGAAAGGACAAGGAGCGCCAGCAAGAGAAGCUGUAUUCAGUGAAGACGAGAGAAAACAGAUGAUGUUACAUGCAUACAAAAAACAAGAAGAAUGGAAGAAAAUGCAAGAAGAAAGUGAAGAUGCUUACCUGAAUUCAUCAUGGGCAGAUUCCAAUCAGCUUAAAAGUCAACUGCAAGGGAUCAAUAUCGUCAAAUGGGGUCCUCGAUGAGAUUGACCUGACCUCACCUGAACUCUCCCACAUGACCUGAAGAAUCCGGAAUGUCAAUGUCCUUUCAAGGCAGAUCUUUACUAAGAGCACUAACUUUGCAGACCAUUGAUUUGGAACUAUAAAGUUUGGAGGUAGUGUGAAUGUAGAACCAAAAGCUCAUGGAAGUAUUUGGACCUGUUUACUGAUUGAUGACCAGGGGAAUGUUUCAUCAACAUUUUUGUCCAAAAAGUUGUUAGAUCUGACAACUUUCCUUGAUUGAUCAGCUUAGAAGCUCUGUUACUACAGUAACUGUCGUUCAGAUAAAAUAUCUGACAAGUCCUUUCUUGAAGCAUUCCCAAUGAUACUGAUCAUUGAUGGAAUGGAAACAAAAGCAGUCUUGGGGCCGUCUUGUGAUGUACAUGUAUACAAUGAUCUAUGGGGUCGUGUGGUCCAGUGGUGAGAGCAUUGGACUCAUAAUCGCAAGGUUGUGGGUUCAAAUCCCCACUCUGCCAUUGUCUCCACUUUUAUAAAAAGGCCAGAGAGUAACAUCUGUCGACUAUAAGGUCAGCCACUAUGACAGAUAAACCUAGCAUUAAAUGUUCCCCAGGUAAUUAAUUGGUUACAUACCAGCUUGGCGUUUACCAGCAAAAUGUUGUCGUGGCGAGUUCCUACGUUAGUUAUCUCUGGAGAUAUAUUAGAAAUUUUAUCUGUCAUGAAGAGAAAGUUUAUACUAUUAUACAAAUAAUGAAUGUCUAUGAGUGCAAUGGACAGAAUAUUUCUUGUCUCUUUGAAUGAAGUAAUCUUUCAUUGCACAAAUGAAAAAACAUUAUAUGCCACAAAAAUAAAUCUUUGUCAUUUAGCAAUAUGAAUUUUGAAAUGAGAGUGAAGGUAAUUACAUUUGGUCUGUGUAUCAUACUCAAUGUAAACAAAAUGUUUUAUGUGCAGUGCUUGAGGUCUCGGCGGACAUGCAAUGGACAGAAUCGUAUGGAUCCAAAAUUGCACAAUGAAUGGAUCCAAAAUUGCAUGAAUGAUGAUGUCAUUGUAAAAUGGGCUAAAUGAUCGAUAUCAAACAACCAAUCAAAUGACAAGGAUCUAUCUUGGUAUCAUGUAUUUGAUAUGAAUUUGUAUUGAUGAUUAUUUUGCAUGUUUUCAUAUCAGUUUGUACACAAAGCUAUGCAAUUGCAGCAGGUUUUUUUUUUCUUUACUGAAUUGCUAAACAUUGAAUAAUGUUUAGUGACCCCAACAUUCCUUUUUCAAUUAUUUUAAAGUCAAUGAUUGCACCUAAAGCUGUACAUUAUCACAAAGAAAAUAGCUUAAUUUUAUACAAGGGAGGGUCAAUUUAUACCCCCCCCCUUCUGCUGUUUGUUUAAUAAUUGUCAAGCCUUAUUCCAUGGUAUUGCUCAGUAUUAUACCUUCCCCUUACAAAGUUGAAGGUGGUACAUAUAUAGGAAUAAGUGUAUGGGCAGUCCAUUCCAAAUAUUGUGCAUCAAACUGCUUUGUCAGUUUUUAACCAAUUUUCAUGAAAUGUGGAACACACAUUUUUGCAUUUGUCAGAAAUUGUGCUGCCCUUGCAAAAAUUAGGUAAAAGUCUUGUGGUUUAAACUACUUCAUCAGUUUUUAAGGAAUUCUCUUGAAAGUUGGCACACACAUUGGUCUUGGGGUAAAGAUGUGCAAGAUCCAUUUUGUGUGCGUGUGUCAGAAAUUGUGUUGCCAUGGUAACAUAGCCUCGUAUUCUUUUGUGAUUUUCAACAACUUGUCACCAAUUUAUCAACAGUCCCAAUAGAAUUUCAGAUGACGGGAAUAUGUUUAAAGGCUAUGGGGAGCACUGAAAUAAGUGAUUGAAUUUGAUAUGUUUAAAUCUUUCUUUUUGUACCAUGAUAGUUCAUUAUCUAAUCAAUUUAAUACAAUUGAAUAUUUCAAGAUUUGUAGAUACUCAAGUCCAAUUAGAAUAUAAAAAUAGGUUCACUUUUUUGUCUCGCCUGCAUAGCAGAGCGAGACUAUAGGCGCCGCUUUUCCGAGGGCGACGGCGGCGGCGUCAACAUCAAAUCUUAACCUAAGGUUAAGUUUUUGAAAUGACAUCAUAACUUAGAAAGUAUAUGGACCUAGUUCAUGAAACUUAAACAUAAGGUUAAUCAAGUAUUACUGAACAUCCUGCUUGAGUUUCAGGUCACAUGACUAAGGUCAAAGGUCAUUUAGGGUCAAUGAACUUAGACCAUGUUGGGAGAAUUAUUUUCAAAAUCUUAACCGAAGGUUAAGUUUUUGAAAUGACAUCAUAACUUAGAAAGUAUAUGGACCUAGUUCAUGAAACUUUGGCAUAAGGUUAAUCAAGUAUUAGUGAACAUCCUGCUUGAGUUUCAGGUCACAUGACCAAGGUCAAAGGUCAUUUAAGGUCAAUGAACUUUGGUCAAGUUGGGGGUAUUUGUUGAAUUACUAUCAUAACUUUGAAUAUUUAUGGAUCUAGUUCAUGAAACUUGGACAUUAGGUUAAUCAAGUACCACUGAAUAUCCUGUGCAAGUUUCAGGUCACAUGACCAUGGUCAAUGGUCAAUGGUCAUUUAAGGUCAAUGAACUUUAGCCGUGUUGGGAGUCUUUGUUAAAUUACCAUCCUAACUCUGAAGGUUUAUGGAUCUAGUUCAUAAAACUUGGACAUAAGAGUAAUCGAGUAUCACUGAACAUCUUGUACGAGUUUCAGGUCACAUGACCAUGGUCAAAGGUCAUUUAAGGUCAAUGAACUUUGGCCGUGUUGGGGGUAUUUGUUGAAUUACCAUCCUAACUCUGAAGUUUAUGGAUCUAUUUCAUAAAACUUGGGAUAUAAGAGUAAUCAAGUAUCACUAAACAUCCCCUGUGAGUUUCAGGUCACAAAACCAAGGUCAAAGGUCAGUUAAGGUCAAUAAACUUAGGCCAUGUUGGGGUAAUUGUUGAAUUGCCAUCAUAACUUUGAAAGUUUAUGGAUAGAGUGAAUGAAAUGUGGACAUGGGUGUAUUUGACCAUAUGAAUGGUGUUUUUGUGAAUGAUUAUUUUAUAGUAGUUUUCAAAGUUAGCACUGCUGCUAUAUUAAAUUGCGUAAUGCAGGCGAGACUGCCAGAGGCGUUCCACUUGUUUAAUUAUCUCUGAUUAAAUUUAACCUCUCGGGUUAGUUCUUGUAGGCAGUGACAAAGUAUGUGCUUGGGUUUACCAUUAUAAGCUAAGUAUGGCAUUCAGUUGUUAGAAGAGCCUGCAAACCUUGUUAUCAUUUUGGUCGUGAUUUCACAUCAUUCCAAUACCCCACUAUAAAACUAGACUUGGUGUUAACAUGUAUAUCUAAGCUCUGAUUGUUAUAUUCAGGGGUGUGAGAGUUCAGAUUUUUUUGUUUUGAUUUUCAGCUUAAUUUCAACUUAUUUUUGGCUUUCCUCUGUACAAAAAGUAUGGGAGCUCUUUCUAUUUCAGACUUUUUCAACACUCUUCAGCUUUUUUCAGAUCUUUUUAUUUGUGACCACUUACACCCCUGUAUAUUUAUUUCAUCCUGUUUAUGAAUGCCAUCCUACUGUUAAUCUAAGAUGCACUGUGAAUGUGUUCUGAGUAAUAAUUGCCUCAAAUCUUUAUUAAGUGUGUCUUUAUUAAAUAUUCAUGUACUUUUCA